AUGUGGUCUCCGGUUCAGGCAUUGAAUGUAUCGUCUAAUUAUGGUAAAGGAUCUCCUGUUUCCCGCUGUAAGCAUGCCAUGUGUGUUGCACCCGAUGGUCACAUAUAUCUCUAUGGCGGCCGAAGCGCUAAUUUGCCGCUUAAAGAUUUGUGGCGUUUCGAUGCCGGACAGAACCAAUGGGAAGAAGUAGAGUGCAGAGGACAGCAUCCACCUAAUCUUCAGGAGCACACUAUGAUUGCCUGGAAGAACAAACUUUAUGUAUUUGGAGGAGAAAUUGGAUUCUCGUCAAGUGGUGAGACACCUCUUUGGAUAUUGGAUUUGUCGACAACAACAUGGAAUAAACACGCCUUAAAUCAAUUACCAUCAACUUCACCAUCAGUGGCGCCAACAGGAAGAAGAGGGCAUACGACUAUUUUAUAUGGCGACGCAAUGCAUAUUUAUGGAGGUUAUCAGGAUCUGCACGGAUCGUCAUCUGAAUUGUGGACAUUUGACUUCAUAACAGAACAGUGGCACCUAUUAAGCAGUCCGUCCUCAUCACAAGAUCAUCCGCCACCCAGACAUAGUCACUCAGCUGUUAUGCAUAAUAACUGUCUUUAUAUUUUUGGUGGAAUGACUGAUCUGAAUGUGAGAUCAGACUUUUGGAAAUGGGAUUUUGCAAAGCGUCGGUGGUUUCGUAUUAAAGCUAACAAAGGCCCGGGAGAUCUGUACGGACACACAGCCAUCGAGGCUUUCAACUCUAUGUUUGUCUUUGGAGGCGAAAGAUCUGGUACUCUAUUGAGAGACUUAUGGAGAUUUCAUUUCGAUAGCGAGCACUGGGAACGUAUCAAUGCUGAGGGCAUUAUUCCGAGCUCUCGGUGUCGACAUGUGGCCAUUCCCAACCCAUUUAUUGAUAUUAUUGAAGAAAAACAUAAUAAAAUACUUCGUUUGAGUUCAAAAUCUAAUUGUAUAUCAAGUUUACAAAAUGAUAACAAAGUGGUUACUACAGUGAGAGGGCCUACAAAAUCUAUAUCCAUGUGCUUUGGACAACCAAAUGAUACGCCUCUUCAUGAUAAUGUAAAAACAAUAAAACCCUUUAAGCUUAAAGUUCAUCCAAUGCCUGGAUUCUGUAGUGGCAGAAGUGCCACACUAUCUGAUGAUGAAGAAGAAGUAGACAAUGAGUCUAAUAGUGUUAGUAAUGAAAACUUUGGCACAGAUUUUGAUAACCACACCAAUCCGGUGACAAUGAGAAAAAGUCUAAAAGACAAGAUAUCACGGAGUCGUCUCGUCAGAAGCUUAUCGACAAAUAGUUAUAAUAUAUUACAUCAAAACAUUAUCUCAAAUGAAGAUCUUAAGGAUGAUUUGGAAAAAUUAGUGGAAGAGUCGACACCAGAGAUGCAGAGAUUAAAUGGCAUUUUAACGAAUAAAUCAGAUGGAAAUUAUUACAGAUUGAAUACACGGACAAAACUACCGAAAUCUAUCAGUUCUAACGCUGUCUUAGAGUCAGACAGUGAGUCUUCCACUCCUCAACGCCACUCAAACCGUCCACUUUCUGAAGUAAUACAAAGCCAAACCCCUGUGGAGGACGAUAUCAAUAAUCAGAUGUGGAUUAAGAGACGCAGUGUUCACGAGUCGAUGUCAUACUAUAGUCUUUGCUUUCCAACGCCUCCUAAUCUGAGUAAAAGCAACUCUGAGACGUCCACCACUUCUAUUGAUAACAAUCCCGGACAUCAAUUGCGGAACCGAUUAAUACCGUCAAGUUUUGACAAAAAUCUAUUAGAAUUUGACGAAGAUUUAGAUAAUUUACAGCUAAUUGGAAACAUUCGUCAGAUCGACAAUAAAAGUCUUUCUCCGGAAGAUAGUAUAAACACAUCCAACACUUCGACCUCUACUCCACUUAUAGAAUUGGAUGAUCAAAACGCCAAUAUUAUGACUAUUUCAUCACCAGUUGAAUGUCAGCCAAAGUCAAGUGGUUUUAACUCAUCGCUAACUCUUUACACACCGAGUGUUGAUAGUAGAGGUAUACCUCAUUCAGUGUCUCACAGCUCGGGUUAUCAAUCGUUUACUGACGAAGCCAUCUAUGAUCACAAAGAAUUUGCCGGUACUUUGCAAACAUCUACUCUUCCUCGAAGAGUUAUGUCUGCCCGACAAACAAGAGAUUUAAUGGAACUAAAGAAUCUAAGCGCAAAACUAUCGGAUCAAUUGCAUAACCAAAUUGCAGAAAAUGGUUCCGUAUUACCGGUCACACUAAGAGCUGGUCUUAUGACUAAAGAGAAUCGUGAGAACAGAGCCCGUUCUUGGGAUAGAGUGUCCAGAAGAGAGUCAUUUGUUAGAGGAAAUAUGACACCCGGAUGUGAUAACAGGAUCUCAUGGCAACCAAAUAUUAAUGUUAUCAAAGAAGUGGUGGUUCCCGGCUCUCCUGCUAGUCAUAAGUGGUCAUAUAGUCCGGCAAAAACUAAGGCACACCAACAUCACUGGCAACUCUGUAUGUAUAUAUUUGGUGGUAAAGAAAAAGGCAUUACUGGUGUCUAUAAACAACCGAUGACUGUCUGGAAGUUUUAUAUCUGA